AUGGACUUUGAUGACCAAGACAACAAACCAAAAGAGGUUACCAAAACCCGCAGAUUUGCACCUUGUCGUGUUGUAAAGUCCAAACCCAAACCCUUGGAUUCGCAAGAUGUUGAAGCCAAAUUCCCUGUCCCUUGUAAAGUUGAAGCCGAGGUCUAUAUUGGCUCCGUUAAAAUGGAGAUUGAUUCUAAACUCAAUAAGGAACCUGAGACGACAGAAUCUGAGUUGAUGAUGGAAUUAGAUCAGAUUCCACUGGGGGAAGAAGAAGAAGAAGAAGACGUUGUUGUUCGUGAAACUGAUGUUUUCUUCAAUCCAUCAAUUGAGGCCAACAACACUAAGCUUUAUGUUCUACAAUAUCCUCUUAGACCCUCUUGGCGACCAUACGAAAUGGAUGAACGAUGCCAACAAGUUAGAGUGAAUCCCUCUACUUGUCAGGUGGAAGUUGAUUUGUCUAUGGAUAUCCAUUCGAGGAACUAUGAUUCCGAGUUUGCAAGUAUGACUAAGCAGACCUUGACAACGACAUGGAAGCAGCAGCCACCUUGGAUGGAUUACGCUAUUGGGGUUCUUUCAGGUGAUAAGAUAACUUAUUUUAAUUGGAGUUUGCGGUUACACUUGAAUCCUGUUCAUGCUGUUGCACAGCUCCGACCGUCUACUCAGUAUUUUUCAUUCAAAAAGAAACAAGCAGAAGCUCUAGAAGAAUCUGCCAUAACUUCCAAAGAACUGAAUUGGGUUUCACUCAAGUAUCUUAAAGGAAUGAUGGCAAAUGACAACUCUUCAAUAGACUUCAACAUGAGCUCUGAGCUUUAUAUCAACUCCUUGUGCCGUGGGGGAAACUCUGAAACGAAACAUUCAUGGAAAAGGGUCUUGACCUCCCUACCGAUUGAAGAACGUGUGCAAAAAAUGCUCUGCCAGGGACCUCACUUAUUUCAAUACAGUGUUCUUAAGCAUUAUGCCCCAGAGUUAUCAGACGAGGAUUUCUUAAAGGUCAUCCAACAAUAUGCCUGGUUAGUUCAAGGUUUAUGGACUCCCAAAACUAGGCUACUAAAACUAGACGGGCCUCUAGAAGCUUCCAGGGAUCAUGUCCUGAUGCUGUUCAGCAAGGGUUCAACUAUAAAGUACUCUGACAUUGAAGCAACUGGUCGCCUUAGGGACAAAAUAAAAACUAUGUUGACUGUAUUUGCCAAAGAAAGGCCUCUGCUAUGUGAUUGGAAGUUGAAAGUGCCCACUGAUGUUUCCUUCAUAAAAUCCUACCCGGAUAUUGCUAAGGAGCAAGCUGCUCUUUGGAAAGCUACGGACGAGAAGCUUACGUCAAAGAUAACACAAGGAGGAGGAAAAAGUAGAGUUGUUGAUAACUCGAGGAAUGUUAUAGGCAAAAAUCCUUCAGCUACUGUUGAACCAGAAAUCUCUAUAACUCUGUCAGACAAAGAACAAAGUUCAAAAACUACAACACCUCUACAUAUGUAA